AUGACUGCCAACAAGAAGGACAAGCAGAAUGAGGACAAGCUCCUCCAAGACUCCCCUUUCCAGCUGUCAAAGGAGUCCUCGCAACGUCUCUUCUCGUGCCAGCACAUUCUCGACAGCAUCCUCUGCUACGCCGACCCCGCCACCCAGGUCGGGUGCAUGCGCGCCAACUACCCCUUGUUCCUCGCGGCCGGCAGAGCGCUCUACCACACCGUCGCCAUCAAUGGCGAUAACAUGGCCUCGUUCCUCCUCGGCUCGCGGAGCGGCGCAGACGCCGAUGAAAUGACCGACUGCCCUUUCCUGGCAGGCUCGCCCGUCAGGUGCAGGAAGCAUAUGAAAAAAGAGGAAGACGAGGAAGACGAGGAAGAGGAAGAAGAGAGCGAACCAUCCCUAACCGGCAACUCUGAGCUCAACAAGGUCGAGGCCUCCCUCGCGACCACCGAGGAUGGCGAAGAGGCGUCCCCAUCGUUCAAGGAAACGCUGCUUUCGUUUGUCCGCGUCCUCACCGUGGGAAGCCACCACGCCUGCGUUUGCCACACCUACGAAGAAGCUGCGGAGCUCUUUACCGGCCUGGAUAUUCUUCGCAUCGUCCCGGAUUCCAUUGACAUAUUCACCCUCGCUCUGACUUGCGACGGUAACAUGCACCCGUGCCCAUUCUUCACCAACCUCUGGCCUCGCAAGAUUGUCCUUCGUAACAUGGACGUGUACGGCGCCCCUGUGCCCCCACAUGGCGAAAGCGAAUGGGAGGUGCCCACUGUCGAAGAGGUCGUAUACGUCUUCCCGACCGAUGGCCGGGCUUACAACGACGGUGCUGGCUUUAUGCUUCUGGGACUUGGUGAUCUCUUUCCCAAUGCCAAAUCGUUCAAAAUCGUCUUCUAUUCGCAUUGGGAAAGCUGGGACAACAGUCACUCCUUCACCAUUGCCCUCUGCGGAGACCCCAGGCUUGACCCAGACAUGGUCGUCUAUCCUAUCAGCAGCAUUGCGCACUAUCAAGAUACGCAGUACACGGUCUGUGGUCUCGAAUCUCUCUCGCUGAGCGACAACGGUGACAUUGCUGGCACGUUUCAGCGCUUCUACCCUCGUGUCCAGCUCGACCGGCCUCGCCUCGUUCAGCUCAUCCGCGACGAACUCCGCACCAGUGCUUUGCAAAUCGCCCUUACGGAGGACGUCCUCGAGUCUCCCGACUUUUCAGAGCACAUCCAGUACCAGUCGAUGGACGAAUAUCUCGCAGACACCGAAGGGCGCCGCGGCGAGAUCAAUGCCGACGACUGA